AGUCGGGGCUUCAAACUGUCACCGCUCCGCCCCGAUUAUUUUUCGACGGUCGAAUCGGACGGUUUCAUUCAUGGCGCAGCCCUCCGUUCACGCCAUUAUCAGUUUCCGCUCUGCUCCUCCUCCUCCUCCUCCAUCUCCAUCCAUGAACAGGCCCGCGGCUUUAAAAGGAUAUUGCCCUCAACUUGUCUGCAAGGAUCUUCCUUGACUCGUGGUGGCAGCCUCCUGACGACCACAUCCUCUUCUUCUCCGGUUGCUCAGAUUCGCUAAAAGGUUGAAUGAGGUGAUUUGGGAUCAAAUUCUCAACUCCAAUUCAUAUUUGAAUAACUCAUCAGGCAGGGAGAAGCAUUGGAACUCAGCAGAUAGAAUGUCUGUAGAACCAAGGGAAGGAACAAGAAGACAAUUGACUGGUUCAACAAUUGCUGGAGGUCCACUAUUUUCUUCUGAUUGUCGCAGAAAGUCUCUUCCUACUCACCGAAGAAAUCCUAAGACUUCUUGUCAUGGUUAUUGCAAGUGUGGAAUCAAGUAUGCCACUGAAGAUGGCAGUAAAGGUAUCGCUACCGAAAGUUUGGGUGAAGAAGUGCAACAUAAAGGUCUACGCCAAGUGAACAAUUUGGAUUUAGAAGAGACUAGAAAUGCUCAUACGAAGACAUCACGGAAUCUAGAUAAACCAAAUGCCAUCAAGGAGUCUAGAUGGAUGAAAGAAUCUAUCAACUUUGAAAGAACUGCAGUUGUGAAGCAGACAAUUGCUCGUAUAGCUUCCAGAAGUGAAGAUAAGAGUGAGCCUAAGACAAAAUAUCAAGCAAAAGAACCUGCUUUCCGCUUAAACAAAGCAUAUUCUCCUGGAAAACACAACAUACUUAAGACAACAUCUACAAAAGGCAGCAAUAAAGCUUGUGAAAACCACAGAUUUAAGCAAACAGCUUCAUUGCCAACCAAGAGGAUUGAUACUAUCACUUAUCUUGCAAAGGCAAACACAAUUCCAGUAAGGGUUGAAUCUCAGCCUACCAUUCACAGCUCAAAUAGUUCUAGAAAUGAAGCAUAUAAGAAAAGAAAUAUCAGAGGUAUGCCAGGAAUGGUAGAAGAAGCAAUGAAAUCUCAAAUGCCUUCUCAUUCAUACAACCAUGCUAACAAUGAUGAGCCAUGCUUGGAGGCAAUGAACAAUGACCAAGAAUUUCAAAUGGUGAAACCUGAUGAAGAAAACAAUGAGGAAAAAACAACUGCUAUUCAGCCCAAAGUAGAUAGCAACUCUGAUGGCUUUAAACAAAUAUCAAAUAAGGAGAAUUAUGGUUUUGUCUCUGUAACUCAGAUGCCAUGGAAGUUAGAGGGCAUUCUAGAUUCUUCACAGCCUGAAUCCCCACAAUCAGAAUCUGUUGACUUUUCAUUAGUCAAGCUAGAUUCCCCAACGGAAGAGGAGAAUUUUCCAAAUGGCAUAGAGCAGGAAUCUAGCAAUGACUGGUCAUCCCAUUCUUUGGCAUAUGAUGAAGAAACUGAGGAAUCCCAUUCUGCAAUUGCUGAAGUAACUGGACCAGAGGAUGAAACCGAGGAAACAGAAACUGGCAAUGACACCAAAAUCGAUGAAUCAGAUUCUGCAAUCAGCGAAUUCAGUGAAUUAGAGUACGAAACUGAGAGAAUCAAAAGUGGCAGUGAUAGUAAAACUUCAAUGUUCAGAGGGAGGAGGAUGAAACAAUCUGCUAGUGUUCAUCCUGAAGAAAAUCUCUCCGUGCCUUACAUGCUGAAGUUCAGAAGAAGAAUUCCACAUAAGGUUGAGAGUGGCAAUUGUGCUCGCGUUGGACGGAAAGACUUUCUACAAAUGCCUAGGGUGGACGUUCCAUCUGAUCUCGAUGCUGAGGCGGCAUCAUUUGGACUGAGGAGGCAUCAAGAUGUUCUCGAAAAGGACCUGCGUGGUCUAUUCAAUAAUGUGAUCGAAGAAACUGCAAGCAAACUUGCUCAGAACAAAGUGCAGGCAUUGGUGAGGGCAUUUGAAACCGUGAUCUCUCUCCAUUCUCCAAAAUAAGAAACUAGCAUCUGCAACUUAAUUCAAUGUAACAAUCAAUAGAAUUAGCUAUUAACUAUAAUUAAUUUUUAAUUUUAGAGCUUACCUCAGUAUGACAACUGGGAGUUGUAGAAAAAAAGAAGCUCUAAUAGAGAGGCGCUUCGUUAUAUGAAAUAAGUUUAGCGAAGGAUGUUGCUUGGUCUUACCAGUCCAAUCCAAAUGAACAGUGCUUUUCAUCGAGCUUAUAGCAUGCAGAGACUGUUCUAUACAUUGAUGAAAUUUUUGCUGUGACAAUCAUCACCCGCAUCACAAUCG